GCGCAAGAAACGCAUCAAGUGAUUACCGCGACAAGGAAUUUGGUGCCCUUUGGGUCACCACAAUCCUGCGGUGUGACUUUACCUGCGCGCGCUCCGUGAUUGGAGAAUUUGGGAUCUUAGCCCCGCCCACCACCGGCGGGGCGCCGGUCUCUCCAGCUGGUGAGCUCACAGUCGCUUUCAACGAGCAGUCCGCCGCACAACAUGAGCUUUCCCUCGCCCCACUGAACGGACACCCCGCGUUACGUCACUCAUGCUUUCACCACGCCGCUGCUGAGGCAACGUGCGACUCGGAAUCGGCUUUUCUCUUCUUAGUUUUUUUUUUUUUUUUUUUUUUUUAAUUUUUUGGAUGCGCCAUGAGAGCGCGUUGGAGGAGUUGCGGCGCGGGGCUGGUGGCGUGGACGUGGUGGCUUUGGAGCGUGGCGUGGUGCAUCCCGGCAAAUGAAGUUAACCUGCUGGACUCUCGCUCUGUGAUGGGAGACCUCGGAUGGGUGUCAUACCCGAAAAAUGGGUGGGAAGAAAUCGGGGAAGUAGAUGAAGACUAUGCCCCCAUCCACACCUACCAAGUGUGUCGGGUCAUGGAGCAGAACCAGAACAACUGGCUUCACACCAACUGGAUACUGACCGAGGGAGCCCAGCGAGUUUACAUAGAGCUCAAGUUCACCCUGAGAGACUGCAACAGCCUCCCCGGCGGCGUCGGAACUUGCAAGGAGACGUUCAAUAUGUACUACUAUGAAACGGAUGGGGGCGAAUUGGAGGAUGGAGAAAUGGAGGACGGCGAGAGGAUAACGGAGGAGGAAGACAGGGCCUUGAAGGAGAGCCAGUACAUCAAAAUCGACACCAUAGCGGCUGACGAGAGCUUCACUGAGCUUGACCUCGGGGAUCGGGUUAUGAAGCUCAACACCGAAGUCCGCGAUUUAGGCCCUUUGACCCGGAAGGGCUUCUACUUGGCUUUUCAGGAUUUGGGAGCCUGCAUCGCUCUGGUUUCGGUGCGAGUUUUCUACAAACGUUGCCCGCUUCUUGUGAAAAGCCUGGCCGAGUUCGCGGAUACCAUCCCGGGAUCAGAGGCCUCGCAGCUAGUGGAGGUCGUGGGUCGCUGCGUCAACAAUUCACUGCCUUUAUACGAGCCUCCCAGGAUGCAUUGCAGCUCUGAGGGAGAAUGGCUGGUUCCCAUCGGGAAGUGCGUAUGCAAGCCAGGAUUUGAAGAAAUCCUUGGAUCCUGUCAAGGCUGCAAAGUGGGGUUUUACCGCUCGCUGUUGGAUUCCCUGCUCUGCAGUAAAUGUCCACCCCACAGUGUGGCCCGGCACACUGGAGCGACUUUAUGCAGCUGUGAAGAAGGAUAUUACAAGAUUGACUCUGAUCCUCCCAAUAUGGCCUGCACACGGCCACCGUCCGCUCCGCGCAACGCCAUCUCCAACGUCAACGAGACCAGCGUCUUCCUGGAGUGGUCUGUUCCCAUGGAGUCCGGAGGCAGGAAAGACAUCCGUUACAACGUCCUUUGCCAACAAGUCUUGCCGGGCGGAAGGGGCUUGGAAGAGUGCGGCCCAAACGUGCGCUUUCUGCCGCGUCAGGCGGGCCUAUCCAACACCUCGGUGAUGGUGGCCGACCUGCAAUCGCACACCAACUACAGUUUCCUGCUGGAGGCCGUCAAUGGCGUGUCCGAGUUUGCCAAAGACCGCACGAAGCAGUAUGUGUCACUCAACGUGACCACCAAUCAGGCUGCACCUUCCCCGGUGAGUGUGGUGAGAAAAGGUCACGCUGGCAAGAGCAGCAUCACACUUUCCUGGGCCGAACCGGACCGACCGAACGGCAUCAUCCUGGAAUAUGAAAUCAAGUAUUUUGAGAAGGAGCAGGACUCUAGCUACACGAUAAUAAAAUCCCGGGAGACGGAGAUGGCGGUGGAAAGUCUCAAACCCUCUUCAGUCUACAUCUUCCAGGUGCGAGCCAGGACGUCUGCAGGUUACGGUGCUUUUAGCCGGCGUUUUGAAUUCCAGACGAGCCCUUACUUAACAGCAACCAGCGAACGUGCCCAGGCUUCCAUAGUAGCAGUGGCCAUCACUUUGGCGCUUGUCCUGCUGGCAGCCGUGGCUGGAUUUCUACUUAGCGGACGGCGGUGUGGCUACAGCAAAGCAAAGCAAGAUCCUGACGAGGAGAAAAUGCACUUUCAUAAUGGGCACAUUAAGUUCCCUGGAGUGCGUACCUACAUUGACCCCCUCACCUAUGAAGACCCGAACCAGGCAGUGCAUGAAUUUGCCCAAGAGAUUGACGUGUCGUUCAUCUCCAUUGAAAGGAUCAUUGGUGCUGGGGAGUUUGGUGAGGUGUGCAGCGGACCACUGAGGUUGCCGGGGAAAAGGGAGAUGCAGGUCGCCAUCAAGACAUUGAAAGCGGGAUACACGGAGCAUCAGAGACGUGACUUCCUGUGGGAGGCAUCAAUCAUGGGGCAGUUCAACCAUCCCAACAUCAUUCACCUGGAGGGCGUGGUCACCAAGAGCAAACCGGUGAUGAUCAUCACCGAAUACAUGGAAAAUGGAUCCCUGGACACAUUCCUUAAGAAAAAUGAUGGUCAGUUCACUGUUAUCCAGCUGGUUGGUAUGCUGCGUGGCAUUGCAUCUGGCAUGAGGUACUUGGCUGACAUGGGCUAUGUCCACCGCGAUCUGGCAGCUCGCAACAUCCUGGUCAACAGUAACCUUGUGUGCAAAGUGUCCGAUUUUGGCCUCUCCCGCGUUCUGGAGGACGACCCUGAGGCUGCUUACACCACACGGGGUGGGAAAAUUCCGAUUCGCUGGACAGCUCCCGAGGCGAUCGCCUACAGGAAGUUCACCUCGGCCAGUGACGUUUGGAGUUACGGCAUCGUCAUGUGGGAAGUGAUGUCGUAUGGGGAACGUCCCUACUGGGAGAUGUCCAAUCAAGAUGUCAUAAAGGCAGUCGAAGAGAGCUAUAGGUUACCAGGUCCGAUGGAUUGCCCCGAGGCUCUCUACCACCUCAUGAUGGACUGCUGGCAGCGAGAACGCAGCAACCGACCCAAGUUUGAUGAGAUUGUAUGUCUACUAGACAAACUCAUUCGCAACCCCUGCUCGCUGAAAAAUCUGGUCAACUCCUCACACAGGGUGUCCAACCUGCUCGUGGAGCAUGCCAGUGUAGACGCGGACUGCAACAUCUGGAGUAGAACAGUCGGCGAGUGGCUGGAUUCAAUCAAGAUGGGCCGUUAUACGGAACUCUUCAUGGAAGGAGGAUAUUCGUCACUGGACACGGUCACUCAGAUGACAUCCGAGGACUUGCGGAGAGUUGGGGUGAACCUUGCAGGGCAUCAGAAGAAAAUCAUCACGAGCAUUCAGGAAAUGAGAGUUCUUAUGAACAACUCCAAUAGCAGCGUCAACAUCUGAUGCGGACUGCAUGUGCAGGUGCGCGCACACACGCACAACAUAGGUGGACCUAGUAUGAAGAAGACAGCAGUUGGACCUAGAGCGGCUUCGCACUUUCUCAUGUCAAGGAACAUACUUUCUAUGGACCAGUGAAUGGUGUUACGGACCAAACUGAAGGGAACGGAGUGGUUUUACAACAAAGGGAACACGGCGGACUAAUUCAACUGAAGACUUUCCAUCCAGAGGAUUCUGUUUGAGUCAAUCUCUGGGAUUGCUCACAUCCCAGCACCGCUUAGACUCUCACAGUCAAACAUGAACGUAGACUCCCAGAGCUACCAGCACUUUUUUGGCUAUAUCACAAAUAUGUCUCGUUUCCCUUUUUCAGCCCGUCUCAGGUUAACUGAGUCCAGCGGACCUGUAUACUCUGCUUCUUGUCUUCUGGAAACUGCAGCGAGCGCCGUUCUCCCGUGGGGUAUUAGUGCACCAACGGCUGCCAUGUAGAUCUGUUCCGGUUUUUGUUUGGCGGCCAUAAUCGGGCUGUCAGAAUCAUUUAAGAUCCACAGUCACAUUCGACCACAAUUUACUCAUUAACUCAAAAGGAAUGGCUAGCAUGUAUACGGACCGAAAUCUGAAAUACAAAGUUAUGACCCCAUGUUUCUGGGUCAGAUUUUCUCCAGGAGAGUAUGGACUUGGUUCUUUACCGGAUGAAUGUAAGGCUUUUCGGAUGCCCACCCUGAAUGGCUACAUGAUGUUCUGAUAAGCAAAUGGAGAUUUGACAAACCCGCUCUUGCAGUCUUCUGAAGUUGGCUCGCAGAUUGCAUGAACACGUCCGCUCGCUUUAUGUUGUCUUUCUCGGGACUCAACCAAUGGAACCUGACUGAUCAUCUGAUCUUGCAAAGGAAACAGUCAGCACUCACUCAACCAUUCACGCUCGCAACCGUCGGAUUCUCCACAAGGACCAUGAUGAGUCUUUCAAGUGGUUCGGUGGAUAUUCAAACUGAAAGGUUGCAUUGGCGAGAGCCGAAAUGUCGAAAACUCCUCAAAGUUUAUUCCCGGAAGAAGAGAUGUCAAGACCUCGUAAGCGUGAUUAUGCUUGAUUAAGCAGAUGUUUGUGCAUUAAUAGAACUCCCGCAUGAAGACGUUAGUGGAAUCGCUAAUGGAUCCUUCUCUGAAAUUCGAAUGGUAUCCACCAGGAUUCCUUCCAGCGCAACUUUCAUGGCCACUUUCAGCAACUGCAGAAAAACGUCGGCUACACUUCCGAAGCAGAAUCUUUCUCCACUUCAAGUGUGCCACACCACAGCGCACCUCGUUCUAACGGAACCACUGGCAAGUAAAGGCAAUAUUGACUACAUUGAUAAUCACUUAUUAUUUAUUGCUAUUUAUAGAAAAUACAA